AUGGGGAAAAAACCGUUGUUCUGCUUGUUCCUCCUUCUCGCAGUUCUCGCUGGAGCCGGAGCUACCUCAUCGUCUACCGCGGAACUCGACUACUCCAAGCUCUCUGGCAUUAUAAUUCCCGGCUUCGCCUCCACCCAGCUCCGAGCAUGGUCCAUUCUCGACUGUCCCUACUCUCCUCUAGAUUUCAACCCUCUCGAUUUGGUGUGGCUCGACACAACCAAACUUCUUUCUGCUGUCAAUUGCUGGCUUAAGUGCAUGGUGCUGGAUCCGUUCAACCAGACUGACCAUCCGGAGUGCAAAUCCCGACCGGAUAGUGGUCUUUCUGGUAUUACAGAACUUGAUCCAGGACCACUUUCAUCGGUUUGGAAAGAAUGGAUUAAGUGGUGUAUUGAAUUUGGCAUAGAAGCUAAUGCAAUAAUUGCUGUUCCGUAUGAUUGGAGAUUGUCGCCCUCCAUGCUUGAAGAGCGGGACCUUUACUUUCAUAAGUUAAAGAUCCCCUCGAAAAACUUGCCUGACGGUGUUCAACUUGGGCUUGAAAAGCACUUGCUGUCCCGUUGGUUACCUGGAAUAUGGACUCAAACGACUACUUAUGGACGACUAACAUUUGAAACUGCUUACAAACUUCGUGGUGGCCCCUCUUUAGUUUUUGCCCAUUCAUUGGGUAAUCAUGUAUUCCGUUAUUUCUUAGAGUGGUUGAAGCUAGAGAUUGCACCAAAACAUUAUAACCAGUGGCUGGAUCAACAUAUUCAUGCCUAUUUUGCUGUUGGAGCCCCCCUUCUUGGUGCAAUUGAAACCAUUGAAGCAACACUCUCUGGGUUCACCUUUGGUCUUCCCAUAUCUGAGGGAACAGCUCGGUUGAUGUUCAACUCCUUUGGUUCAGCAUUAUGGAUGAUGCCUUUUUCCAAGUACUGCAGAACAGAUAAUAAAUAUUGGAAGCAUCUUUCUGGGGGAAUGCAUGCUGGUAAACCAACAUAUAAAUGUGAUGAGCAGGAGUUUCAGUCAAACACUUCUGGAUGGCCAACAAAACUAAUUAACAUUGAAAUUCCCUCUAAUCGUGAAAUACCGGAUUCUAACUUGUCCAGCAUGGAGUGUGGUCUACCUACUCAAUUAUCAUUCUCAGCUCGUGAAAUAUCAGAUGGGACCUUUUUCAAGGCAAUUGAAGAUUAUGACCCAGAUAGCAAGAGGCUCUUACACCUUUUAGAGAAUUCAUAUCUUGGUGAUCCUGUUCUUAAUCCCCUUACACCUUGGGACCGGCCACCAAUUAAAAAUGUCUUCUGCAUUUAUGGGUCUGAUUCAAAGACAAAGGUCGGAUACUACUUUGCUCCUAGUGGCAAGCCUUACCCUGAUAACUGGAUCAUUACGGAUAUCAUGUAUGAGUUUGAAGGAUCUCUAAUGUCAAGGUCAGGGAAUCUGGUUGAAGGGAAAACUGGACCUAUAAGUGGCGAUGAGACGGUGCCAUAUCUCUCCCUUUCCUUGUGCAAGAAUUGGCUUGGACCGAAAGUGAACAUAACAAGAGCUCCUCAGUCAGAGCAUGAUGGUUCAGAUGUACAGAUUAAAUUGAAUGUGGAACAUCACCAUGAAGAAGAUAUUGUUCCAAAGAUGACAAGAUUGCCAAGGGUGAAGUACAUAACAUAUUAUGAAGAUUCUGCAAGUCUUCCUGGAAAGAGGACAGCAAUCUGGGAGCUUGAUAAAGCAAAUCACAGGAACAUAGUUAGAUCACCAGUGCUAAUGAGGGAAUUAUGGCUUGAGAUGUGGCAUGAUAUCCAUCCUGAUGCAAAAUUAGAGUUUGUAACGAAAGCUAAGCGGGGCCCUUUAAGAGAUGAGGACUGUUAUUGGGAUUAUGGGAAAGCUCGUUGUGCAUGGUCUGAGUACUGUGAAUAUAGGUAUGUUUUUGGUGAUGUUCACUUGGGGCAAAGUUGUAGGUUGAGAUAUACUACUGCUGAACAAAACACCUUUGGAUGUCGUUUGACAAAUGAUAAAGAAGGUGAAAUACCUUCCUUUGUCUAA